AGAGUAGUAAAAAUACAGUGGAUAAUAUUUAUCCGAUAGAGAAUAAUCCCAUAGACAAUAAUAUUUCUUGUUCGCAAGCAAACAAAUCAGCGAAUGCUUCUGUUGAAGAAUCAGAUGAAUUGGAUUUGUACGAUUAUCUACAUAAACUACUAUUGCAAGAUGAAUUAGAAAAGAAAGAUUACUCCUAUAAAAAUCCUCAAAAUUUAGAAGAGAUGGUUAAAAAUGAAGAUUUUUAUAAAAAAAUCACUACUCCUGUUAAUAUUACUAAAGGAGAGUUAUUUCUAAUGAUUUUAAAAUUCAGUAUUAUUAAUAGUUUAUCAAUCACAGCUAUAAACAAUUUAUUUAAUUUAAUUAAUGUAAUGUUUGAAUUGCCAAUCUUGCCAGAGUCUCGUUAUCUUUUAGAUAAAAUAAUUAAUCCUAACGAUAAUCCUGAAUUUCACGCCGUUUGUCAUAAUUGCUCAGCAUACAUAGGAAAAUUUGGUGAAAUUGCGUCUGUAAAAGUCUGUCGCAUUUGUCAUGCAGAAUUGGAUUUAGGCAAUCCAAGUAAUUCUAGUUAUUUCAUUAUUCUUAAUCCAUCAAAACAAAUAAAAGAUUUGAUUUCCCUUUACGAAGUUCACUAUGAUUAUGUAGUCAAAGAGAGAACUUCUUUCCCUGGAGAUUUAGAGGAUGUUUAUGCUGGAAAAGAGUAUCGUAAAUUUGUAAAUAGUCUUCGGGAAGAAGAUAAACAUAGUUAUGUAAGUGCUAUUUUAAAUACUGAUGGUGCACCUAAAUUUGAAAGCUCGCAAUAUUCUAUUUGGCCCAUAUACCUCAUGCUAAAUGAAUUGCCAAAGCAAGAACGGACAAACAAAUUAAUUACAUGCGGAUUGUGGUUCAAUAAAAAAAAACCUGAUAUGAGUGUUUUUUUAGGAACGUUUAUUGAUACUAUCAAUAAAUUAACCGCUCAAGGAAUUCAUUGUCCUAUAAAAAAAGAGGAAAGGCUGCUAAAGCUCCACAUAGUAGGAUGUAGUGUUGAUUCUGUCGCUCGAACUCCUAUACAGGGUAUUAAGCAAUUUAAUGGUAAAUGUGGAUGCAGUUGGUGUCUUCAUCCAGGUGUGUGGGCUGAAGGGAGCAUGAGAUACCCAUUAUUAAAUUAUGUUACUAAGUUUCGGGAUCACAAAGAUACUGUUAGUAAUAUGUUUAUUGCAACUCCAGAAAAUCCUAUAAAUGGAAUCAAAUAUCCAUCGCCUCUCAUAAAUUUGCCCAAGUUUAAUAUCAUAUCAGGAUUUAUUGUCGAUUAUCUGCAUUGUUGUUUAGAAGGUGUUGCAAGUCAAAUAACCGAAUAUCACAUAAAAUCGAUGAGCAGCGAUGAUCUAAGAGAACUUGAUUUUAAAUUAAGUAGAAUCGCAGCUCCUCAUCAAAUCUCACGCUUAAGUCGACCAAUUAGUGGCAGAAACGAUUGGAAAGCACGCGAAUGGGAGAAUUAUACCCUAUAUUAUAGCGUUCCUGUUUUAAGAGAACACUUAAGUAGAAACCUGUUAUAUCAUUGGUGUUUGUUUGCUGAAAGUUUACAUAUAUUAUUACAAAGCCGUAUUUCUAUAACAGAACUGAAUCAAGCUGAUAAAAUGUUACAUGAAUUUGUGUCAAAAUGCGAAGAACUUUAUGGAAUAAAAGCAAUGACUUAUAAUGUUCACCAGCUUCUUCAUAUAAGUAAAAGUGUAUUGAAUUGGGGACCUCUGUGGUGCAAUUCAACGUUUGCUUUCGAAUCAGCUAAUCAUAGUUUAUUAAAAGCCAUAGAAUGUUCAAAAGGAGUUACGCAACAGAUAGCUAGAUUCAUUAACAUAAAUCAUAUUAUAUCAUUAGUGCAAGAAUAUGUUUAUCCAAAUGCUGAUGAAUUGGUAAAAAUGUACUGCAAUGAUAUUUUAAGUACAAAAAAAGUACAAAAUUUUUAUAAAACGUCAGAAAUAACAUAUUUCGGUUUAGGAAAUCGAGUUGAUGAUGAGAUAUUACAUAGAUUACAUUUAUCUGAAAAUUCGGCAAAGUCGUAUGUAAAAAUAAUAAAAAAUGGAUGUCUGUAUGAAUCAUCUUUGAAAGCUAAAAAAAGGUCCAAUAAUUCGUUUGCACAGUUGCGUGAUAAAUCAUUUGUACAAAUUGUUAAUUUUAUUGUCGAUAAUAAGAAAAAUGAUGAAUUCACGGUUUCCAAUGUAAUACAUACAAGCGAAGGUAUUCCUGGUCAUUCUAACCAGCUCCGAAGAAUAGACAGUAUUGAUGUAGAACCUAUUAUUGUACCUACAAACGAAAUUGUUACAGUCUGUAUUUUUAUGAAAGUACUUGGAGUGAUGUAUUGAUGUAUAUAUGUCCCUUACCAAACUUGAUCCAUUAUUGAUGUCUGCACGCGAUCACUAUUUAUCGUAAUUAGGGUAGAUUAUUUGUGCCAGCGAGCCGAUGUCUCGGCUUUUGUUUAUGUUUCUAUCUUCUGCAUAUUUUUUAUGUAUUUCAAUUAUAAAUAACCUUUCAAAGGUUCUUAUAUGCAUUGAUUAAACAAACUUUAUAUUUGUGUAAAUAAACAGAAACAAUUAAUAUUAAGGAUACUCUAAUACCUACGCAUAAGGCCUAAUAGUAUAAAACUCACGAAGGGUGUGAUAAUAUUAAACAAGACACUUUUUUUGUAAAAUACCGAUUAUCUUUUGUAUGUUUUUAAUAAAUUUGUUAAAAAACGAAA